GUGUAGUGUUUCAGCGUCUUUACAGUGUGCCUCGUUUUCAUCUGGACAUGCCAUCUUCUAAUGUUACCUCCAUAACAGAAUUUGUUGUACUAGGGUUCCCAGGACUUCAGCCUGCGUACAAUGGACCUGUCUCAGCCCUUAUGUUCUUUGUCUAUCUAGCCAUUGUAGCAGGUAAUAGUUUCAUAUUAAUUUUGGUGUCCAAAGAGAGAUGCCUCCAAAAGCCCUCUUAUCUCAUAUACUGUAACUUGGCCAUUUCGGACAUUGCUUUCGCCACCACUACUCUGCCAAAAAUGAUUGCCCGGUAUUGGGCUGAAGCUAAGACUGUGUCCUUCACUGCCUGCUUCUUGCAAAUGUUCUUGGUUCAUUUUUUGGGGUCUGUAAAUUCAGUUUUAUUAAUGAUAAUGGCUCUUGAUCGCUAUGUUGCCAUAUGUAACCCUCUCAGAUAUCAUGUACUCAUUAAGAACUCCACCAUUCUGGCCCUGUGUGGCCUAGCUUGGCUCGUAUGUCUUUUCUUCAUGGCUUUGCUUGUAUAUCAGGCCGUCUCUUUGUCCUACUGCAGCUCAAAUGUCAUCGUACAGUGUUACUGUGACCAUAUCGGUAUAACCAGACUAGCGUGUGAAAAUGUAAAGGAGGUUCAAUUGACAGCUUUCAUUGUAGCCAUGACAAUCUUGCUAUGUCCACUUGCUUUCAUAGUAUUUUCUUACAUCGUAAUCAUUAUAUCAGUCUUCAAAAUUGCAGACUCAGAGGGACGGUACAAAACCUUCUCCACCUGCAGUCCACAGCUAUUCAUCAUAGGCCUGUAUUACAUCCCCCGGUGUUUCGUUUACAUCGCAAACAACAUAAAGCUGACGAUCAGCACUGAUUUCCGUAUCCUGAUGAUCAUACUGUACAGCCUCAUUCCCCCCAUGGUGAACCCUCUGAUAUACUGCUUCAGAACCAAAGAAAUCAAGGAUACUUUAGUCAGGAGAUGGAAAAUCAGAAAGGUUGGGAGAGUAGCUGGCCAUAGCUAAGACUUAGCUGUGUUGCGAGUACAUAAAACUAUGCAGUAUCUCUAUAGAAUGAAAAUGUAGUGAAAUGGUGCUUUUACUUUUAACUCUCAGUCACAACCUUAUAUCUUUUGUGAAAAAAUGCUUAAUUUUGAAUAAUUUUUUGUUGUAUCUUUUGUGAGUUGCUCUAUUUUUUACAGUGUCUUUUACAUAAGCCAUAAGGACUCACCCUAACCCUAAUUCCUCAUUUAAUAGCGUAUAAAAAAGAUCAAUAACAAAAACUCAUUCGGUGUGUGUUCAGAAAGCCUGACAGCACAGGAAAAAUGUGGACAAUAUUUGUCAUAGAAAAUAAGUAAUUGCCCUGAAACUAUUUCUAUUUGUGUUUUCUGUUCAGCAAUUCAUGCUUUGGAUGUUAACAAGGAGCCACAGAUGAAAUAUAAAGCACCUUCCAUAAACGAUUAUGUAAUCUCCUUUAUGCUUCAAAUGAAACCCCUUUGACUUAGUUCUAUCUCAGUAUGCAAUGAUGGUUGUACUCAUUAUAGUCAGAAAAAGGGGAUCUUUAAAAACUUCGCCUCGUGAUAGAUAAAAUCAUUUGUGACCCGUUGAUGUGUCUUGUACAAUUGGGUGAUUUAUAACCAUUAAAUUAUCUCCAAAUACC